CCUUUCCAUUGGUAAUUAUAAACAACAUGGCGGCAGAUUACAUGCGGCAGAAACUGACUUCAUUUUCGGAGGCAGUUUUUCCCGGUAGGGCGUUGCGAGACAACCGCCAACAUCACGCCAUAAGACCGGGGAAUGAGCUGGUUUCCAACUUGCCUCUCCAGAUGGCUUUGUACUUCAACGUUUUCUUCUUCCCAUUUUGGCUUGUCUGCUCCAUUGUACUCUUGGAACUAAAGUUUUACCACUUGGAUGAGAUAUUUCGGUUUGUGUGUGUGACCAUCUAUGUCGUGAUGGGAGGCACAGAGAUCAUGAGAUUGUAUCUUGGAUAUCUGGGAAAUUUACAAGAAAGGGUUCCCGAGCUGGCUGGGUCCUGGCUCCUGACCCUCAUCCUCCAGUUCCCCCUCAUCAUCUUCCUCCUGGCCGUUGAGCGGGCCAUGCCCGUCCCUGUUGAGCGGGCCGUCCACCUGGUCCAGCUAACCUUCAUCGUCCUGGAACUGGUCUUCGGCUUCUUGGCCCUCCGGGUCAUGACCCAGCACCAGAUCAUGAAGUUCCACCUGCAGGACUUUGACACCAUCUUUGACCUGGAGGAGGGUCACCAGGAAGUCAUGGGCCGCUACACACCGUUGGCAUGACAACGAUCGAUGCCAAAUUAUCGAAGUCCAAAUGGCUGCACUAUAUGGCCAACUGUUCUCAUGUCCUGCUGUGCACUCCAUUUGCAAGUGCCUUGCUGCAUAGGGCGGUAUUGUCCAAUAUGUACAGCAAGUACAGUUCCUAAGGCCUACAAAAAAUUUGAUGGCCUACUAAAAUGGGUGGGCCUGUAAAGAAACCAUAGUGUGCUUUCUCUGAGAAUUUUCAGUGUUGCAAAAGCUAGAAAGUACAUCAUACGUGCAAGUCCAACUUGGCAUCAAUAUGAAAUGUGAACCUCCAGCACUUACCAGCACUCUGAGAUUGGUACCAGUGCCUUGGCUGGAGUGUGGCCUAAGGAACACUCGUGCUUAAGGUCUGGGGAACACUGGUGUGCAGGGCCUACAGAACACUGGUAAAGUUGUGAUUUAAACAGACAUAUACAUGUACGAAUGUGUACACUGUAGAAAUCGUUUUCUGUAAAGUGUAAGAAUGUGAAGGCAGGAUUGCUGAGAGAUUCUGUGAUGUUGAGGAAGGGUUAAAUACAAUGGGAAUUUGUAAAUUUUGUCUUGCAGAUUUUUUUUGGAGAACAACUUUGUUGGUUACCCAGUUUAAAGAUUAGAAAUGGAAGCUGUUAUAGGUUGCUGUGAACUGUUUGCCAAAGGGACCCAAUUUCAUAGACAGUGCUUUGCAGGAAAAAAAAUAAUAAUUGCUUAAAAAGAGUUUCUAAGCUAAGCAAAAUUAAGCUUGAAACUAAUCAGGGCAGUACUUGUCAUGUGGUUUUUCGGUUGCUAACCUAAUUGUGGCCAAGUAAAUAAUUGUCUGCGUUUGCUAUUCUUAUCGCCAUGAGAUUAGACCUCAGAGUGACCUGAAAUAUCAAAAAAGAGAGGGGGGGGGACCUUCCCAUUGGUAUUCUUUUUUAUGGCCAAUUAUUGAUUGUUAGUUGAUGUGUGUGUUGCAGGACUGGUUUACACACUUCCUUGUAUUUCUUUGUCAACAGGUUGAAGUGUGGUUUGUCCAUCCUGUUAAAAAUGUAACAUUUGUGGCUCUUUCCAGUUAAUUUUUGUCACUUUGAUGAGUACUCCAGUGAUU